GAGGAACAGGUGGAACAGGAAGAACAACUGGAACAGGUAAAACAAGAGGAACAGGUGGAAGAGGAGGAACACGACAAACAGGUGGAACAAGAGGAACAGGUGGAAGAGGUGGCACAGGAGAAACACGAGGAAGAGGUAAAACAGGUGCAACACGAGGGACAAGAGGAACAAGUGGAACACGUGGAACGGGUGGAAGAGAAGGAACAAGUGGAACAGUUGGAACAAGUGGAACAGGUGGAAUAGGCAGAACAGGUGGAACAGUUGGUACAGGUGGAACAGGUGGAACAGGAGGAACAGGUGGAACACUUGGUACAAGUGCAACAGUUGGUACAGGUGGAACACUUGGUACACUUGGUAAAGGUGGAACAUGUGGAACAGGUGGAACAGGUGGAACAGGUGGAACAGGAGGAACAGGUGGAACACUUGGUACAAGUGCAACAGUUGGUACGGGUGGAACAGUUGGUACACUUGGUAAAGGUGGAACACGUGGAACAGGUGGAACAGGAGGAACAGGUGGAACAGGAGGAACAGGUGGAACAGGAGGAACAGGUGGAACAGUUGGUACAGGUGGAACAGUUGGUACAGGUGGAACAGGAGGAACAUUUAGUACAGGUGGAACAGGUGGUACAGGUGGAACAGUUGGUACAGGUGGAACAGGAGGGACAGUUGGUACAGGGUGAACAGGUGGAACAGUUGGUACAGGUGGAACAGGAGGAACAGUUGGUACAGAUGGAACAGGUGGUACAGGUGGAACAGUUGGUACAGGUGGAACAGUUGGUACAGGUGGAACAGUUGGUACAGGUGGAACAGGUGGAACAGGAGGAACAGGUGGAACAGAUGGAACAGGAGGAAGAGGUGGAACAGGUGGAACAGGACGAACAGGUGGAACAGGAGGAACAGUUGGUACAGGUGGAACAGGAGGAACAGGUGGAACAC